AUGACCACCUUACAAAUGGAAGAAACCACACCAGAGUUCUGGAAUAAGAAGAUGCAAACAAGGAUUGAUGAAGCAUUGAAACUAAAGUCCAUUGAACACCGUGCUAAAAAUCUGAUCCUCUUCUUGGGAGAUGGUAUGGGAGUUCCUACUCUGACAGCCACCAGAAUCUGGAGUGGGCAGCUGGAUGGGAAGCUUGGGGAAGAAAAUGAGCUCAAUAUGGAUAAGUUUCCUUAUGUUGCUCUAUCCAAGACAUAUAAUGUGGACAGGCAGGUUCCUGAUAGUGCCGGCACUGCUACAGCUUACCUAUGUGGAAUAAAGGGAAACUAUGGAACCAUUGGAUUAAAUGCAGCUGCCAAGCGAUCAUUAUGCAGCACAGCUAUAGGCAACGAGGUUGAAUCUGUUCUCAAGAGAGCGAAAGCUGCAGGUAAAUCUGUAGGUAUCGUUACCACAACACGUGUCCAGCAUGCCUCCCCUGCUGGUAAUUAUGCUCACACCGCUGACAGAGACUGGUACUCUGAUGCUGAAAUGCCCGCGAAUUCCAGCUGCAGGGACAUCGCUCUACAGCUCAUUUCAAACGUAGAUAUUGAUGUGAUUUUUGGAGGAGGAAGAAAGUACAUGACUCCUAAAGGAACCCCAGAUCCUGAAUACCCCACAAGCUCUGUACAGAAUGGACGGAGAAGAGAUGGCAGAAACCUUAUAGAAGAAUGGGUCAGGAAACACAAGGGUGCUCAAUAUGUGUGGAAUAAAGAGCAGAUGAAUAGAAUUGAGGACACAUCUGCAACCUAUGUAAUGGGGCUAUUUGAACCAGGAGAUAUGAAAUAUGAACUAUAUCGUAAUGAUUCAUCUGAUCCGUCAAUUGGGGAGAUGACAGAAAAAGCCAUUCGUCUCCUGCAGCGGAAUCCGCACGGAUUUUACCUCUUUGUGGAAGAUAAUGGUAGAAUUGACCAUGCACACCAUGAUGGAAUGGCCAAGCAUGCACUAACUGAAGGAGUCAUGUUUGAUCGUGCUAUCAAGAUAGCUGACCAGAUGACCAGAGUUGCUGACACUCUAACCAUAGCGACUGCUGACCACUCCCAUGUGUUUAGCUUUGGAGGAUAUACUUACAGGGGGAGUAGCAUCUUUGGUCUGGCUCCAAAAAAGGCACUCGACAAAAAGUCUUAUACGUCUAUCCUGUAUGGCAAUGGGCCAGGGGCGUUUAUAUUUGAACAAGGUCGUCCUAAUGUGGAUAACAUUACCUCAGAGGAGGCUGAUUACAAACAACAAGCUAUAGUGCCUUUGGAUUCAGAAACUCACGGAGGGGAAGAUGUUGCCAUAUUCUCCAGGGGUCCCAUGGCACAUCUCUUCCACAGUGUCCAGGAGCAAACCUACAUUGCUCAUGUUAUGGCUUAUGCGGCAUGUCUUCCACCUUACUCAGACUGUCCACCUGAACCAUCCAAUGCAUUCAGCCUCACUUCAAGCAGUAUAUUGUUUCUUGUGCCCACUGUAUGGCUGCUUUUAUAG